AUGGAGGAUGGAGAAUUAGAAGCUUUCCAGCAUUAUACCAAUGAGGGACUGAUAGAAGUUAAUGAAAUGACUGACCAGAUCAAAUGCUUGCAAGAGGAAAUUGGAAGGUUGAGUCCUGAGAACAGACACUUAAAAGAAGAAACAGGACGGUUGACUGCUGAGAACAGACACUCAAAAAGAAGAAACAGUUCGAACGAAUGCUUGCAAGAGGAAAUUGGACGGUUGAGUACCGAGAACAGACGGUUAAAAGAGGAAACAGGACGGUUGACUACCCAGAACAGACACUUAGAAGAGCAUAUCAGACAGCUGCAAUCCAAGGGGAAACUUCCAGCAGAAGCUGUGCUACUGAGACAAGACAGUCAUAUUUCCCAAACAACCAGCGAGUAUAAACGUGAAAAUGCCCAGAUCAUUCCGAGAAUAAACUUCACCACCCAGCAUUACACGACCAUUGAGGCUAAGAACUCAGAGAUGAGAGCUCAACUUAUGGAGCUUAGCCAAAGGCUGCAGUCUUUAAAUGAAAUCAUCAGGUUCUCGAAUGAUGCUUUUGAUGGUGAGGAUACAAGCCUUGCUUUCAUGGAGCCUGCUGAAUCUGACAGCUUCCUAAACCCAUGGAAUUUGUCCAUUUUGAAUCAGCCGAUUGUAGACUCUGCAGAUAUCAUGUUUCAGUAUCUUCAGUAUUGAUCUCCAAGAGAGCUUGCAGGAAUUUGUUCUCAGUUCAUAUGCGUCUCAUGGUCGUACUGAAAAAGAAGACAUUGCUGUGUUUAUUAUUUAUGUAAUAUGUAAUUUUUAUGCUCCCUACCAUCUUCUUCCUAUCUAUAAGUCUCUUAGGUCUCCUUGAUUUAACAAUGAAAUAUUCCACCUCUAUUCUCAGUGAAUUGGCAUUCGGAAUAUCAAUUAUUUCAUCA